AUGGAAUCAAAUGAUGAGGACGUGUUUUUAACUCAGAGCACAUUUUCAAGUGCAAGUUUACCAGACUCUGAAUAUGACACUGAUAAUGCUAUACAAGACAUCUUAGGUAUGAGAGAGGAUAAAGAAAACAUGCCUAACUAUUCACCACAUUACUCGGAUAUCAGCGAUGAUGACAGUUUGAUACAGACAGCAGAAAAAGCAGAGGAACGUGAUGUUUUGGAAUUGUGGCCGAAUCGCUUCAACCUACCCAAGACUGAUACAGAAAUUUCAGAAUUACAGUCAAGAAGACUAGCUGCCUCUACCAUGAGCAAAGUAAAAUGGGCUGUAAACACGUUUAAGGAAUGGCAAGAUAACAGGAAUAGAAUUGCUAAGAACAUGGAUAUCAGUCCUAUACUGGUCAACCUGGAAGAAAUGACAAAGGACGAGCUGAACUUUUCCAUUUCCAAGGUGGAUGGAUCUGAUUAUCCAUCAGAAACCAUGUACAGUUUCGUCAUUUGCAUUCAAUUAUAUCUAGAUACUCUAGAUAAGAGAUACAAAUUUCUCACAGAUGAAGGAUUCCUUCAAAUCAGGAAUACUCUGGAUAACAUUAUGAAAGAAAAAUCAAAGAAUAAUGUUGGUGGUCCGAAAAAACAAGCUCUCCCUAUUUCUGAAGAGGAGGAGGAUGUAAUGUGGUCCAAACAUGUGCUUGGUGAUGAUACUCCAGAAAAAUUAAUCAACACAAUGGUCUACCUGAUUGGGCUAAAUUUUGCUUUACGUGGUGGCCAGGAACACCGAAAUUUAAGGAGAGGAGAUCGUUCCCAGUUUUGUGUGGGUGAAAAUGAGCAAGGCAGAUAUCUUGCCUAUACGGAGGAUAUUUCUAAAAACAAUCAGGGUGGAUUAAAACACAGGAAAGUGUCCAAUAAGUGUCUCAAACACAAACAAAAAACUAUUGACAAAGGUAAUCCAGGACAAAAGACUGUUGACUGUGAUCUUUAG